AGUCAGUGCACUUUAUCUUUUGACCCGCGGAUCGAGCGCGAGGCGUGUUGUUGAGCUCUGGAUGUCUGUCAGUGUGGAGCCUCUGAGGGAAGCUUGGAAACAUGAAGAACGAGACUCUUCUUGCGUUAUUUCUUUUUUGGCACGCUGUAUCCGGGGCAGUGUUCCUGAGGAGAAGCGAUGCUAACUCUGUGCUGAGGCGCUUCAGGCGCGCGAACACGGGCUUCCUGGAGGAGGUGAAGCCCGGAAACCUGGAGCGCGAGUGCAUCGAGGAGAUCUGCGACUAUGAGGAAGCGCGCGAGGUUUUUGAGGACGACGAUCUAACGAAACAAUUUUGGUUGUCAUACCACGCUCGUGAACCCUGCUUGACCAAUCCAUGCAAAAACAAUGGGACUUGCAUAUAUUUGGGAGACUCCUACAUCUGCCGGUGCCUUGAAGGCUUCGAGGGCAAAUAUUGUCAAGAAGUGUUUGAGGACACUCUGAAGUGUCUGUAUCUGAAUGGUGGCUGUGAGCAGUUCUGUGAUGGUUCAGGCCGCAGGAGAAAGUGCAAAUGUGCCCCUGGUUAUGCCCUUGGAGAGGACAGGAAGUCCUGCAUUGCUCAAGUUCAGUAUCCAUGUGGUAAGGCCCCACUUCAGAUUACGCACACUGUUUUACCACGGGCUGUGGGUGGAAAUCAGUGCCCGAAAGGCCACUGCCCUUGGCAGGUCCUCUUGAAAUACGAUGGAGAGAGUCUCUGUGGAGGAGUUUUAGUGGAUGCUCACUGGAUUCUUACAGCUGGUCACUGUGUCGAUAAGAAAGAUGCUAAAUAUCUGAAGGUUAUAGCAGGGGACCAUAAUAUUGAUGUGGUGGAAGGCACAGAGCAAACGUUUUCUGUAUCGCAUGUAAUUAUCCAUGAGAGCUAUGAUCCAGCAACAGCAGACAGUGACUUGGCUCUUUUGCGGCUCAGUGAGCCAGCUACACUUUCAAAUUACACCAUUCCUAUCUGUCUGCCAACUUCGGAGUUUGCCGAAAUGGAACUGGACGCUGUUCGCUUCCACAUCAUUAGCGGAUGGGGCCAGCGCACUGAAGGAGGCAACAUUCCUAGCUCACAGUCCUCUAAAAGCAUAUCCCCUGUACUCCGUAUGCUUGCUGUCCCAUUCUUGCCUAAACCAGAAUGCUCUGUUAAAAGUGGGGUUAAUGUCACCAAUAAUAUGCUCUGCGCCGGUUACUUUCACGGCAACCAGGAGUCUUGUCGAGGAGAUGAUGGCAGUCCCCUGACUACCCAGUACAAGGACACACAUUUCCUGACUGGGAUAGUGUCAUGGGGCAAAGGAUGUGCCCAUCCAGGCUUCUAUGCCAUAUAUACCAAGGUUGCAAACUUCCUGGAUUGGAUUCAGCGUGGCAUGGCUACUCCAAUCGACCAACCAGAUGCCCUCAACACUUCACAUGCUUCAAUCAUGGCAACACCUCCUGCUGAGCAGUUCAUUCAGAACUGAGUUUAGCUUGUUUAAGAUAAGAGUAUAUCUAAUCACUUGCUGAUAUCAUUUUCUGAACUAAAGAUAAUAAAUUCAUCAUCAAUUUUGCAGGA